AUGGUCCAAACUAAAGAUCAGCCUGAGAAGCACACUUCUGGCGACUCCUCAUCCGACGAGGAAGUGGAAGAAAGCCAGCCCAUCACCGAGGACCAGGCCAAAUUCGCCGCAGCUGCCGGUCUUUCUGAACAAGUAAGCCUAUUUCUACACACUUUUUGUCCAAAAACAAAUUCCCCCGAAAGGUCUUUUAUUAUGUUUGCAAAAGAAGUGUAAACAACUUGACAUGGCCACGUGACAGUAACUAAUGCACGUUAGUGUCGGUAUUGCAAUGCUAGAAAGAGAGCUCAAGCUAUUAUAAGUUGUAGUACCACUUUAAAAAGCAACAUAAACAAGUUAAAAUAAUAAAAUGACAUUUUUAGGUAUCGGAAAAGGGCUCAAAACAGUCGCGCUCCGAGAAGAAGGCUCGUAAAUUAUUCGCCAAGCUCGGCCUGAAGCAAGUGCACGGUGUGUCACGAGUCUCCAUCCGCAAAUCCAAGUCCAUUUUGUUCGUCAUCAACAAACCCGACGUAUACAAGAGCCCCGGAUCCGAUACCUACAUCAUCUUUGGAGAGGCCAAGAUCGAGGACCUGAGCCAGCACGCUCAACUCUCCGAUGUCGAGAACUUCAAACCGGCUGCCGCCAACAUCAGCCAGAAUGUGAACCGACUGGCGCCACAAGCCGAGGAAAGCGACACGGAGGAAGUGGACGCUACUGGUCUCGAAGAGAAGGACAUUGAAUUGGUAAUGUCACAAGCGGGCGUCAACCGGAACCGAGCCAUCAAAGCCCUCAAGAACUCGGACAACGACCUUGUGAAUGCCAUCAUGGAGCUGACGAUGUAA